AUGUCGUCCUCGGACUUGACCAACCCUGCUCCUGCCUGGCUGGACAAAGGCGAUCAGGCAUGGCAAUUGACUGCAGGUACACUGGUUGCGUUGCAAUCCAUCCCCGGUCUUGCUAUCCUCUAUGCCGGUUUUGUGAAGAAAAAAUGGGCCAUCAAUUCCGCAUUCAUGGUUUUCUACGCAUUUUCCGCAACACUAAUCUGCUGGGUAAUCUGGGCCUACAAGAUGGGCUUCGGCGAACAAUGGGGCAAUUUUCCUCUCGUGGGGGCCCCUGGCCCCGUAUUGACGAUGCAACAAAAUCUGGGCCAAACCCAUCUACCAGCUGCCGGGCUGACGACCAACUUCAAUUUGUCGACUAUGAUAUACUUCCAGUUUGUGUUUGCGGCGAUCACGGUGAUUAUUCUGGGUGGGUCUUUGUUGGGUAGAAUUAAUAUUUUGGCUUGGAUGGUCUUCGUACCACUCUGGAUUACCUUUUCGUACACGGUCGGGGCCUUUAGUAUCUGGGGAGGAGGUUUUUUGUAUCAGUUGGGAGUUCUCGAUUAUUCAGGCGGCUAUGUCAUCCAUCUUAGCUCCGGCACGGCUGGAUUCACCGCUGCAUACUGGCUCGGCCCUCGUUUACAGCGAGACAGGGACUCAUUCUAUCCUAACAACAUCCUCCUCAUGCUAGUCGGCGCAGGUAUCCUCUGGGUCUGCUGGAACGGCUUCAACGGCGGKGAUCCAUACGCCGCGAGUCCCGAUGCCGGUGUCGCCGUGCUCAAUACAAACAUCUGUACUGCCAUGAGCCUUUUGGUCUGGACCACGCUAGACUAUAUCUUUUUCAAGAAGCCUUCCGUCAUUGGCGCGGUGCAAGGUGAGAUCACUGGCCUUGUGGCUAUUACGCCCGCUGCUGGAUUUGUGACUGGCUGGGGKGCUAUCGUCAUUGGUGCUUGUUCUGGCUCUAUUCCUUGGAUCUCAAUGAAUGUACUUGGGCGACAGAAGUGGAUGAAGCAGGUGGAUGACGUUAUGGGCACAGUGCACACACACAUGGUCGCCGGGUUCACUGGUGGAUUUUUAACCGGUAUCUUCGCUACAAUCGACGGUUGCGCAGCAUUCGGCUUGACCAAUCCUGGAGGUGCCAUUGAAGGCAAUGGCAAACAAGUCUGGCUUCAGAUCGUGGGCGCACUGUUCAUCAUCGGAUAUAACCUUUUCAUGACUAGUGUGAUUUGUCUCUUUAUCAAAUACGUCCUGCGCAUUCCAUUGCGCAUGUCUGAUGAGCAUCUCAUGGUUGGGGAUGAUGCUGUUCAUGGUGAGGAGGCGUAUGCUCUCUUCUUCGAGGGGGAGAGGAGCCACCUCAGUUUGCAUGGUGCUGGCUUGGAGAGUGGACAAAUUACUGAAGGGCAAUUGCCCCAUACUAGCCCUACCAGUGGCCAUGUCAGCCCCGCCGAGCAUUCAUCUUCCCGGGACAAGGAUGAGGUGAAGAUGGAUUAA